UUGCAACACGGUGUACAGUUGGAAAAUAGGAAAAGUGGAGUACUGUGGGAAGUCUGAUGAGUAGCACAGCAGAAGGCUGGGCCUCAAUUGCUGAAGGAUGUAAUCGUCAUGGAAAGGGCAGCCUUUUUGGACAAUUUUUGUGGGCGUUUCGUCUCUGAGGGACACAUGUGGAGGGGGCUAUUGCAAAAUAAAAUUAAGCUCGGUCAGUUCCCUGUAGUCUAUUCAACUAUAAACUAGGGCAAAAAAAAAGUGUCUGGCAUUGACACUUCACAGAACACAAUCCAAUGUUUUUCCACAUCCUCCGAGAACGAACGGAAAUUGGAUUUGGAUAGAGCAGGUAAUUGCCAGUAAAUACAAACUUGAUAAGGAUUUUCCGGUUACGAAACAUGACAAUAUGCAUCGUGCAUUUCAAUCAGCUGAGACCAUUGGAAAUGCAAAAGUAGUAACAUUUAAAAAGUCUUUACCGCUAUUAAGAUUUUCAAGAGGAAGUUAUGAUUUCGAGGGGCCAUGUUUGGGGGGGGGGGGGGUGGAGAAAGAGAACUGGCGACGAGAAUGAAAGUCUUAAGCCAGAUUUAAAUUUGCUUCGGGUAUAAUUAACCCAAGAGAAAAUAUACUCCCGAGGUCCAUGUGGACAAAAAGCUCCCAAGCAAAAAUCAGCACGAUCCAGGACAGCUGGAAAAGCUAUGUUGCAAGGGGGAACAUUUUUUUUAAAAAAAGGAGCAGAAACAGGAAGCGAGCCAGUGUCGCUGAGUAGACAACUCCGGGAGUCGCCUCGAGCCGCACAGCCUUUGUUUUGAAGAGCCCAGCGACGUCGACUACCGCCUGCCUUUAUAUGGCGUCAUAAAGGCCGGGCCGCCGGGCGGGGGUGGGAGAAAGGAUCGCCCACAUUCCAGGCACCCCGCCAUAAAAGGAGCGCCUGCCUUUAUAUGGCCGCACAAAGGAAGCGGCCGGACUUUCAAGGGGAAACACCCCCGCAUUCUUUCUCCUGGUUAGGUCAGACGCUCCUUUUAUGGCGUCACAAAGGCAGCGGCUGUUGUGCUCACCCCUCCCCCUCCUCCCACAAGGAGGGGGGCGUGUCCGUUUGGAAUUGAGAAUGAGAACGCGGUGACUCGGCCUUCCAUUCCCAUUAUGGAUCGAACGCCCAUGUAGGGGGUGCGCGCGGGGCAGACGGAGACAGGGGAACGCCCUGCUCCCGCCUAUUCCGUCCGACGAUGGCAAUCAGAGGAGUUCACCGGCGCUGAGGACCGGCCCCCCGGUAUCCCCAUAUUAGGAGUGUGUGACCUUUUUUGCCGCACCGAGGCGCGCCCUCAUUGUAAACAGAUAAAGGCUUCUCUUAUAAUGUACAUAACUUCCGUUUCAAUGUAACAGUAGCGAAGCGAGGCAGUAUGGCGGAGCGUGGUCAGCCACCCGCAAAACGGCUCUGCUGCAGGCCCGGCUUUAACCCUUCCAAAGCGCCGCAGAGGGCGGCCCCGACCGGCAAAAGCUACAAGCCGGAGUCGCUGCUGGACAUUAGUGCCAGGAAAGUAGCGGAGAAGUGGCCUUUCCAGCAAGUGGAAGAGCGUUUCACCCGCAUCCCGGAGCCCGUUCAGAGGCGAAUCGUCUACUGGUCGUUCCCCAGGAAUGAACGGGAAAUUUGCAUGUAUUCCUCAUUCAAUUAUUCGGCCGAGGACGGAGGGGACGACGAGAGCAGAUUGCCUUUUAAACGGGGCAUCGCGCUGCUGGAAAGCGGCUGCGUGGACAAUGUCCUUCAAGUCGAUACGACACGGAGUUGGUGUAGAUUGUUUGAAAUGCUCGCUGCCACAAAAGAAUUCCCCCCACCCCUCCCCAAAAAAAACACUCCUGAUCUUUCAAAAAAGAUGGCGUCCUGUUUUGCAGCACUCUUCUUUUUUUUAUUAUUUGUAAAGAUAUGUUGUUUUGAAAUGUUUGCGAGGAUGUGUCACGCUACUGGACAGGGGGCAAUCAAAAUGUUUGCUUCAGGAGGGAACUCCAAAAUUCCUCUCGUCCCACAGAAAGACGGCAGUCUCGGUAACCUUGCAGAUCUUAAAAAAACCAGGAUCUGGAUUCAGGAGUUCCAAUGAAAAGGAUUGACAAUGGGGUGACGGCGGAGGAGCAAUGUAGAAUAUAAUAUGCACAUAUAUUUCAUUUUCACUUUUAUUUCCUCUGAAAUACUUGAGGAGGGGAGUAGCUUUUGUUGGAUCCUGGUUGUUAUAUUUGUCAAUUGCGCAUAUCAAAUAGCCUUCAGGCUUUGCCUUCGCACCGCCUCGUUACUUUGUUCCCAUUUUCAUGUUUAUUAUUUGUCCUUUUCUGUUUCUAUCACCCUCCACCGUCGGACAAUGGAGCUUUCUUCACUGCCUUGUUAAAGUCACUGGGGGGAGAAAUGUGUGCAGGCUAGUGACAGACUGGCUGCAGAGAUCCUUUCAUACCACGAAGAAUUGAGAGGGGGAUCCAUCCAGGGUGCAGGGGAUCGGCUGACCAAACCAGAUUUAAGUUUGUUCCCCCAAACAACCCACCCCAUUUUUCGUCACCAAUCUC